AUGUUCAUCACCAUUCGUUGUUCAGGCCCCGCCUUCCUGUCGGCUCUCGCGGCCAUCAUCGCCGGGGCCCGGGGGGCGGACGCAUGCCACAAUUACUAUAUCUCAAUUAAUGCCUUGGAAGAAGCAAAACAAGAUGAAUGGAGCCGCUUCGGUUCCAGUCUUUACUACAUCUCCAGUAGGAAGAACUGGACUGAGAGCAGACAGGACUGCAGACAGAGAGGAGCAGACCUGGUGAUCAUAAACACCAAAGAAGAACAGGAGUUUAUCACUAAUAAUCUGGGCAGCAGCCGAGCUUGGAUUGGUCUGACCGACACUGACGAGGAGGGAGUCUGGAAAUGGGUGGACGGCUCAGAACUGACCACUAAGUUCUGGAUACCAGGGGAACCCAAUGGUCAUGGACAUGAAAACUGUGCCGUGAUUGGCCAUAGGCUUGGCACUUCAUGGAGCUGGGCGGAUUUUCCCUGUAAUGACCGUUUAGUUUGGAUCUGUGAGAAACCUUUAAAAUGAGGCAGUGCAGGAGAACAGACUAUUUUACCUGUGCACUUUGAAGAAUCAUUUAAAAAUGUUUAACUCAGUGUUUAAAUUAAACUCCACAUCUUUUGGUAUUUAUCUUUUUAAUUUGACCCGUAUCAUCAUCUUAUUGUCUUACAUGGUUUUAAAUUAAUACUCAUAAUUUGUUCUGUUUCUGUUAAGCUUUAGCACCUGUCUGUAAAACACUUUGAGCUGCCACCGCCAUGAAAAGUGCUAUAUAAAUAAAGAUUAUUAUUAUUUUCA